GCCACACUUCCGGCGACCUGGACGCUGUCUCAACCGCUACGGUCAACAUGUCCUCUACGCAGACCAUGGAAAUACCUGCAGAGUUACAGAGCUUGUCAGCUUUUGUGGAUCAGCGUCAAGAAAUGCUUGCAACUGGUAACGAUGACAUUCGGCUGGCUGCGUUGAAAGCCACAAAGUUCUUGUAUGACCUUGCACUCAAGUCUGAGGCACAGUCUCGCGGGCACAUCGCCGAGCUGCUUUCGUCCUUCUCUCCUUCCCUUGCUCCUCAGACACGCUCUCAGACGGCCACAAGCAGUAAACGAAACACAGACGACAGUGCACAUUCUGCACAGAACGUACCGAUGUUACAGGAAACUCCCCUUUCCGAGCUCAUUGUUGAUGACAUGCACGAAGACCAAAUCUGGGCUCAGUUAGAGCUAAGGACGAAGAACGUCUGCGACAUCAUGGGGUAUGUCCUUGAAGGCGCGGUUGGAGGUGUAAAGAGCGAUGAUGAAGACGUUACGGAAGACGUUACGAGAGCUGUCCCAGGUGGCCGAACGCUCGCUAUUGACGAGGACAUCGAUAUGGACGGCUUGGAUGAUAUAAAGUCGGACAGCGAGGACGAUGGUGAGGAUGAAGGAGAAGUUACCAGUGACUCCGACAAGGAAGAUGGUGGGGAUGAGAAAGCCGAGGAAGAAGAGGAUUUAGGCGAAAAUAUCGUUGAGUUGCGGGACUCCUCGGAUGAAGAGAACAACCUUGAGAAAGGAUUCGGUUUGGGCCAACCUUCGCCACGCAGCCACUCGGCAGGGGGUGCGAGGAGCCAAAGCAAGUAUGCUGGACGCUCAGGACUAGAUGAUGGUUUCUUCAAUCUGGCAACAUUCAAUCGCGAGACAGAAGAAGCAGAGGCUAAAGAGGCUUCGAAGGGACGGUUGGGCCGCGACGACAGUGAAGAUGAAGGCGAGGACGAUGAACCUCUAGAUCUGUUUGCGCCAGUUAAUGAUCAACUUGAUAUUGAUGGGCAGGGUGGCGAGCCGAAUGAACCGCUGUACAAGGAUUUCUUCGAUCCUCCGCCUCGCCUUCCACCUUCAAAAAAUGGCGCCAAACAGCAGACGGGUAGAGUGCGCUUUCACGAGGAAGUACGAGUAAAGAAUAUCAAGGCGAAAGGCAAGAACCUACCGACGUCUAUGUUGUACGAAAUGGACGAUGAGGACGAGGACGACGAAGGGAGUGAGAAUGAAGAAGACAUCAUAGACGUAGAUUACGACGUCGAGGCUUGGGGAAAGGGAUUCGAAGGGUCGAUGCAGGGAUCUGAAAAUACUGAAGGGGAUGAGGAAGGAAGUACUAAUGAUGAAAGUGUUCUGGACGAGGACUCUGAUACAAAUGGGCAAGAAACGAUGGAACGAUUCAAAGACGAUCUGUUCGCUGAAGAAGAAGAGGAGCAGCAGCCAGAUAUGUCGACAUAUGAGAAGCGGAUGGCUGCCCUCAGAGAAGAGAUUGCUGCAUUGGAAGCUGAGAAUGUGGCAAAGAAGACCUGGACUCUCAUGGGCGAGGCAACCUCACGGACACGUCCGCAGAAUUCACUUUUGGAAGAGGAUCUUGAAUAUGAACGAGUGAUGAAGUCUGUCCCCGUCAUUACAGAGGACACAGUACGCAGCCUCGAAGAGCGCAUCAAAGCUAGGAUUCUGGAGAGCCAGUAUAAUGACGUGAUCAGGAAGCGACCAGCAGAUGACAAGCCCUUUCUUCCUUCCCGCUUCUUCGAGUUACAAGAUACCAAGUCGAAGCAGUCACUCGCUGAGAUCUACGAAGACGAGUACACUGCCACUCAAACGGGAGCAGCUGCUGGUGAAGACAGAGAUGGCAAACUCAGAAAAGAGCAGCAGGAGGUUGAGAAGCUUUGGGAAAGCAUCGCAGGCAAGCUCGAUGCUCUGUGUAAUGCGCACUUUACCCCGAAAGCGCCCAAAGCCACUAUAUCUACUGUGGGGAAUGUCGCUGCGGCUUCCAUGGAAUCGGCACUUCCAACGACCAUGUCGACGUCCUCCAUGCUUGCACCUGAGGAAGUAUUCGCUCCACCGACAUCCACCGAUUUCCACGCUCGUAGUGAGCUCACUCCUACUAAGAAGCGCGCGCUGCGUAACAAGCAGAAGAAAGCGAAGAAGCAGGCGCGCGAUGUACUGGAGAAGAGUGUUGAUAAGUUUGCGCAGUCGAAAAGAGUGGGAAGCGUCAAAAAACAAAAGGAAGCAGCGUUGAAGAGCGUUGUGAAGAGUGGGAAGGGCAUCACAGUGGUGGGCAAGAAGGCGAAAGAUGUUACAAGAAAAGGAGGCAAGGAAAGUCGGGUUAAGUCGUGACGGUAGGGCCUAUCAGUACUGUAGCCAGCCCAUAAUAUUUCAUUGUGCGCUAUUGUUCUCUUCUGCGCUUCAUGUCUCCUAGCAGCACAACGGAAUAUAGCCACGUGGGACGGGCGC